UUUGGAAUGCGGCUAUCCAAGCAUAUCCAAGUAGAGCUCUAUUCAAGCGCUACCUUCAUCAACACACAUCACGCAGUCAAUACGCCUACUGCUUCUCGCUCCCCUGAUUGUCCAACAAUAUAGAGAGCAGUUGUUGUGGAAUGAAGACGCCACGAGGCAUUGCAUUGACACUCCACUUCUAAACUGCAUGGAUAUGAUGUUAACGACUUGGGAACAUCUAUUAAUGGAAUACAUUUGAUUAUUGCACAAGGAGAAGCAUUCAUAUUUUGAUUGUGGAUUUGUGAGCGCUUAAUAACGUCUGAGGCUCUGUGCAGUGCCAGUUCGGCCGAUGCUACCGUGGGCCAUCAGCACAUGAAGAUUCAUUCCACUCGAUCUUCAAUCUGUUUAUAUGCCGGUACCACAGUGAGAAUUAUGCUUUUGCAUUGUCAUGCUUCAGCGCACAUUUGCACAGCUCACUCACCAGCCUUUCUGCUUUCUAACACUGUCGCUGUCGCCUAACUGGUGGGACUGAAGUUAAGCCUGUCAUGGUGGCAAAAUGUUGUUGGGGCUUAUUAGUUUCCACAUUUUGGAGCAUCAGGAUAGAGAUAACCUGGAAGAGAGAUGAUGACAAGAUUAGUCGGAGAAAUGACAGAUAUUACAUGUUAUAAUAUUGCAACAUGGCCAUUCACAGUUUAUUAGUUUCCAUGGAAACUUCAUAUUACAUAUAAAGCCUGGCUUUUCAUCAUGUGGGGUAUGCCUAAUAAGAGUGGCUGCACCAUGGGGUAACUUUCAUCGCUAGACUUGGUGAACUGACCUUUUGUUCUUGACCUGAAUCUUAAGUGGGGUCAGAGGAGCCUAUCUGACUAACUUGGGAAGGAGGGAGGAGCUCAACUCAGUACUGUGGAAAAACAUCAACUGCCCUGCACCAAGUGCGCUCUUGAUGCCAGGGGGUCGUAAGACGUGCAUGUACUGGAACCACGCUCUCCCUCGUGUUGGGGGGUACAUUACCGACCUGCCUUUUUACCCCUCACAGGAGUAGCACAAAACUUGAACCCGACAUCAGUUUGGAAUCAGGCCAGCUUUGAGUCAGCUAUGUUACACCGCAGCGCAGCCGUCUAGAUAUUGAAAGAGUGAGAUGGAACAUUGCUAUGUUUAUGGUAAGCAGUGAUGCAAACAUUUUAUAUUACAUGCUGACUCCUUCAAGAUCAGGUGGUUGUCAACCGUUGCAGCAUUACGGACCUCUGAGAAUCUUCAAUGCAAAUCCCAGUAAAGGAGUAGGAGUUUUGGAGAGGGAAAUCUGCUUGAAUGGAAUUGGACUGCCUUUGGAUGAACGAAAACAACGGGCUCCGAAAACUGGCAGCAACUGCUGCAGCCAGACUGUCCUUCAUUGACAGGGAGCGUCUCCGGCGGACAUUUAAUGUUAAGAAAGUGAAAGCUAGGAUUUCAAAGUCGACAACAAGGAUGAGAGAAAAGAUGCCAUCUAAGCUUGCCUCUUUCAAUCCAGACUUGGAUCUCAGAUCCAAAUUCACACAGCUUGCCCUUAAAUUUCGGGGAGGGGCAGGGAAUGAGAUAGAAGGUUGCUACCCCUAUUCCUUAGGAUCAGACUCUGACACUGUGGACAGUAUGUCUGGGAGCCCCUCCCAAUCCCAUCAGGACUCAGACUAUGAAUUUGUUUUUGUUCGGAGGAAUAAAACAAAAUGUGCCCAUAGCAACAAGCCUCCACCCAAAGUAUCCAUAGAUUCUGAGGAUGAGGAAGAGGAGGAGCAGGAAGAUCGCGAAGGGGAGGAGCAAGGAGCCUAUGGAUCUGACGAAGAUGAACAGGAGGAUCCUCAAGACUACUGCAGAGGUGGUUAUCAUCCUGUGAAGAUUCUUGAUCUGUUUAAUGGGAAGUAUCAUGUUACACGUAAACUUGGAUGGGGGCAUUUCUCUACCGUGUGGCUGGCAUGGGACCUUACGGGAAGGAGAUAUGUUGCACUGAAGGUUGUGAAGAGUGCAGAACACUACACAGAGACUGCUCUGGAUGAGAUCAAACUUCUCAAAUGUGUACGAGACAGUGAUCCUACUGAUAUACACAGGGAGAGAGUUGUUCAGCUCAUUGAUGACUUCAAGGUUACUGGCGUCAAUGGAACACAUGUAUGUAUGGUGUUUGAAGUACUUGGUAACAAUCUUUUAAAACCCAUCAUCCAAUCAAAGUACAUGGGACUACCCAUCAGACAGGUCAAGAGCAUUAUUAGACAGGUGUUGGAGGGUCUAGAUUACUUGCAUACAAAGUGUAAGAUCAUUCACACUGAUAUUAAACCCGAGAAUAUCUUACUAUGUGUUGAUGAGGACACUAUCAGGAGACUAGCCAGUGAGGCCAAGGAAUGGAUGAAAGGAAAAGCAAAACCUCCAGUUUCAUCAGUGAGUACAGCUCCAGCAGAGAAGAAACCUCAGGAGAAGAUGUCUAAAAACAAGAAGAGAAAAAUGAAGAAGAAACAAAAGAAACAACUGGCUCUCCUGGAGAAACAACAACAGCAGCUCCAAGAGAUUGACCAAGAAAAGAUCAGGAGACUAUCAGAAACAACUGAACCCGAUGCUGAUAGGGAUGGUGAGGACGUCACAACGGAUUCACCCCAGAACCAAAGCAACAACGGAAACCAGUCAUUGGGAGCUUCGGGAGACAAGAUGGUUGAAGUACUAGAAGAAGCUGAAGAAGGGGAGGAAGAUGGAUCUGUUUCGAGGAUGAAGUCUGCCAAAUCUCCAGAGAGAACUUCAGAGAAAUCAAGUCCUGAAGAGGAACAGAAAGGAGUAGUUGUGGGUGAAACUGCAACCAAUGGGAAUGAUGAUGCUGGUUGUAGAGGCGAUGAGGCUGAAGAGGCAGAUGUCUUCGAGGAUGCAUCCGAGAGGAUACCGUCACCUGUCAACGAGAAAGGGGACGGUCCUGGUAGGAAGGAGGAGCAGGAGAAACAGGAGGGGCUUUGUAACGGGUACGGGGAGGAGAAUGGUGAUGGAGAUUCAGAUAUUGACCUGCCUCUUAAACCAAAGCUCCCUCUAGAUGUCAAAGAGAAUGGACUGGAUUCAGCCUCUUCUACACCUACCAAAGAAAGUCUCAAAAAUGCUGCAAACAAGGAAAAAAGUGAAAACAAAGGCAGCGACCCCAACGAGAAUACCAUUUCUGAAAACUCUGACGAGAGCAAAGACAAAGAGACUCUUAACAAUGGAGCAAAAGAGAAUGGAAACCACACAACUGUAGACAAUAAACCCUCAGACAUAACACAGGAAAACAAAGACAUUGAACUCAAUUCCUUGGGAGCUGAUUCCAUGCUGAAUGGAGGGAUGACCCCUGAGAAUGCUCUGGCAGAUGAUGUGCAAAAGGAAACCUCUGGCGAUGAUAACAGGAGACAGGAGAUCGAUCGCAAGUGGAAGGAGUUGGAAAAUUUUAAGGUGACAAAUAGUGGGAGUGAAGACAGAAAGGAGGAAGGGAAUGAGAGUGCAGCCACCACCCCUGACGAUAGCAAUAAAGAUGAAGAAUUGAUAGAAGGUGCCAUUUCUCCCGAAAGGAAGGAUGAACUACCAAUCAAACUGGCUGACCUCGGCAAUGCAUGCUGGACUUACCAUCACUUUACCGAGGACAUUCAAACCCGGCAAUACAGAGCUCUUGAAGUCUUAAUAGGAGCAGGGUAUGAUACAGCAGCAGAUAUAUGGAGCACAGCUUGUAUGGCCUUUGAGCUGGCUUGUGGAGACUACCUGUUUGAGCCUCACUCAGGAGAAAACUAUUCUAGGGAUGAAGAUCACAUAGCUCAUAUCAUUGAAUUAGUGGGACAUAUACCCAAACACAUUGCUCUCAGUGGGAAAUACUCCAGAGACUUCUUUAACAAGAAAGGUGAGUUGAGAAACAUCCAGAAGCUGAAGCCUUGGAGUCUCUUCCAUGUCCUCACCGAGAAGUAUGAAUGGCCGGAGGAGGAGGCCAAAGAGUUUGCCAGCUUCCUUCAUCCAAUGCUUGAGUUUGAUCCAGCCAAACGUGCCACAGCCAAGGAGAGCCUAUCCCACCCAUGGCUCUACUCAUGAUGAUUGUUGUCUUCUGACCACCACCGCAACCAUUGUUUAGAGUUCCUUCGUUGUCAUUGUGUGAAACCGUACAACCUCAUCUAGGUCUUUUCUCCUUCCGUUCAUCCACCAAGGGUUUCUCCCUCUUUUUGGCAUUUACUUAGUCUUUAGUUUGGUUUAAUAGGGUCAAUGACAUCCACAUGUCAAAGGGUAAAUGAUUGACGUUCAGUACAUGAAAACAAACACAUGGGACUACAUACUUGACACAAGAUAUUUUUAUGUCCUGUUGGUAGUAAUCCCAUUUGAUAUCUCUUCACUUCCAUGAAGUGUCUCUGUUUAUAUGUCACUAUAUUCUUUGACUUUAUAUUUCUAGCAAUCAUUCAUACAUCUGUUCUCUCUUAACAUUUAAAUAUCCCAUAUUCUUAGGUAGGGGUUUCUUAGUAGUAAUCAGAAAAAGGUUGAAAUCAAAUACGAGCCUAAACUCAAACCCAAGUUAAUGUUUAACCAAGCAUGAAAGCACAUUUGUGACCUUUGGAUUGAACACUUUUCAACAAACCUCAUGUGAUAAGCGCGGAUGUUCCCAUGUUAAGUCCUAUGGAUAAAUCCCAAUGAUGGCUGAAUUCUUUUUGUAAAAAAGAAGGGGGAAACCCAAAAUGUCAACUUUGCUUCUGGCAUCACCCAUGUACUCAAACACCCCCUUGUAUUUCCUGUGUGAUUAUUUUUGUGAGAUGAAUGGAAAGAAUAUUGAGAAGCAGUCAAGCUGAAUGGAUUAAAUUUGAAAUCUGGUAAUUGAUUAUAGUCUGACAUCAAAUCUGGCUUUUAUGGUAAAAGUUAUCAUCAAACAAAAACUUAUAUUUGAGAAUGGAUUCAGCUUGGUUCUAAGUGCUUAUUUUGGUUGUACUAACAUUGGGAAAUGGGUUAUCACUGUAUUUUCCUCUUUCCUUAAUUGUCCCUUUAUUUAGCAAUUUUUAUGAAUAUUUUCUCCAUUAAUUUUUCUCUAAUUUGCAACUCCCUUCCAGAGUGACAUGGUAUAAUGUAAUUAUACCAUGUAUACCGAAUAAGUAAAAAAAAAUUUCCUAUUCAAAUAGAGUUACUUUUCUAUUUAUUAUUGUUAUCCCCAUUCCCCUUUCCUGCACAUUGCCAUUUUUCCUUUCUGUGAAUCAUUUUCUAUUUAUUCGGGUGGUUUUCAAUAAACAUCAUGUCUACUCAUAGUUUUGAAAGAAAUUGAAUCAAUGUUUAGAUGGAUAUUUUGUAGGGGAAAAGUAUUGUAGAUUGUUGAUUUACACUAUAUCUUUGUAUUUCUGUGUGCUGAGCUUCCAUAGUUAUCCCAAUCUGUUUCAGUUGUUUCUUCUUGUUUCAAGACCACUGUGUCAUGUUGGUUGUUCCUGUCAUAGAGUAAAUAUCCUUCCAGGCAAGCGUCUAGAUGUAGUCGAAGUUCCUUUUCAGCUCAGAAAGUUUAACUACCAUUUUUUCUGAAAAUAAGCUAUUUGUUGUCUGGCACCUUUUAGCAAGGAGUAUUGACAUGAUUUUUUCUGAAGACCUGUACUAGUGUCAGGUGCGUGUAUGACACCGCCAACUUAAUACACCCAGUUGGUAUGUGUUGAACCCCCAUGAGCUACUAGUAACUUGGUGAAAUAGAGUUGUAGGACUAAUUUCACAUGUUAUUUUGGAUGAAAUAGAGGUAUGAUUGUGUCGUAUUUCUACCCUGUGUGUGUGAGAUAGCUUUGGGGAAUUUCAGGUAAACAUGCCACCGACUAUGAGGGUAUCACGUGGACAGAAAAAAUGAUGGUUUAUAUGGAGAGGAAGAACUCUCCAUUGUCUCCAAAUGAAAGGAAAAUUGUGAAUCUAUGGUGUUGGCUAUCAAGAAAGGGGCAAUCCAUUCUGCAGCACUCUCUGUCAAUAUCAUCAGAAAUUCUUUAAAACUUUUGCAAAGUUGUUUCCAUUGAUAACCUGUUGUCUCAAUUUGGAAAAUACCUAUUCACUUCACUGAACUGUUCUAUCUCUGUUUGUCUUCUUAGAAACUUGAAUGUUGAUUGGAUAUAUAUUUGAAUAUUGAAAUACAUGAAACAAAGCAAAAUAUUAAAUGCCUUCUUUUAGUAGUUGAACAGGAGUGUCAAGUUAUUGCCAAUUGAUUAUCUAAAUGUUUCUCUGGAAAAGAAAAAAAUAAUAGAAGAAUGAAUGAAAAUAGAAUACGGUAUGUACAAUUGUAAGAAUCUUUUUAUAUUUGUAAAAAGUUUGAAAGAAUCCAUCCCAAAUAUUGUAAAUAGAAUAUGUCAUUGUAACAUGUUUGCGUGCGAUAUUUUUGCAAUAAUCUAUUCCAAAGCCUGUUUUCAGUAGAUGAAAUUGUCCAUAUAUGGAAUUCUUAUGCAUCUAACAUAGUGCAGGCUUUGUAAAUGGAAUAGGUUUCAUAUUCCCUACUCAUAUAUCUCUUAACUUAUUGCAUUAUGUUGCCUUCUGUUUUCAGAAUGAUCUAUAUAUAUACUGUUCUCAUGUCAUGUGUAAAUAUCAUCAUUCAUGUAGAAAGAAAACAUUUUUGGUGCCUAAAAUACCUAGAGUUUCUCAGCCUUAUGAGUUGUAAAACUGCAUGGCUUAUCUUAGAGUUUGUCACACUAGAAAUAAUUAGGUUUAUAAAAACAUGAGAGGGUACUAUUUAGAUCCAUUUUAUUCUCCCAAGGUCCCCAUCACACUUAUUCAAAACCAACAGGAAUCAACCAGAAAUAACCAGAAUAAAGAUAAUGGCAUUUCAAAGUUCAAGAGUGUCUUUGACCUGGUGACUCCUUGAUACUAAGUGAUUUUCCAGCAUCCUCAGGCCAUGCUUUCAUGAUGCUUGCUGUUUUCAGAUGUAACCUUUUUUCUCCCUCGAAUGCAAUCAAAAUGUUUCAAAUGAUGUUAGGAUAUACAAAUAUAACAAGAUCAUUUCCUCAAAUGACAUCAAAAUGCUUGUAGGAAUUCAAAUACAAAUAUCAGAAAUACAUUCAGAGUACAGUUAGAAUGCAUUUUGAAUGCGUUAUCUCUUAUGAUUUCACCUUGCAAGUUUCAUGAUUGAGCAUAGCAUUUGUGACAGGCACUCAGAUUGACCCAAACACUUUUUGGUUGCAGUUGGAGUUAUUGGAAUGUUCAUACUACUUGCAAUCCUGCUUAUUUCGCCUGUCAUGGUCUUAUUAAGAUUUUGUAACAAAUUAGUACAAACUUACUUCUAUUUGCUCUUUUUAUUUCAUUAAUGACAUGAGAUGCAGGUAUUUGUUGAUGUGUUAGGGUAACCUCUUGCAAGUUUUGAGAGCAAUGUGAAUUUUGGAAACUCCAAAUGUUUGGAUUAGGUGCAAUAGUUCUACUGAGUGACCUAUCAUUUGCGAGGUACGUCUUCUGUUGAAUGUUAUCCAACGCAUUUGAAACAUGGAAUCAUUGAAAUACAAAUGAAAACAAAAAGAGGUAUUAUACUUAAUUUAACUUGAUAAUGGUCCCAUUUCAUGAAACAUCUUAGUACAUUGAAUCAUAAUUUGCUAAAAGCUACUAAAAUAAUGGUAUUUGUUUGGGUUAUAGCAAAGAUGUCAUAAAAUGUUAUUGAUAACUACGUUUUAUGAAAUGGGGGCCUUUACAGCUUUGAAGUUCUUAUUCUAUUCUUGUUCAUAUCCACUGAAUUGCUAUCCACAUUUACUUGAAAAUUAAAACCAUUAAAAUUUGCUGUCACAUAAUAAAGCUUUAUACAUUUACAAUAUAAGCAAAGUCUAUACCUACAGUUGAAAGUGAAGAUAAUGUGAUGAAAGUCAAAUGCUUUUGGAUUACAAAGCCAUUUUCUGCUUUCUCUUUAAUGUACAGAUGUUAUGUGAUACCAAAGAAACAAAAUUUUAUGUAUUAGACUAUUUGGCUGGCUUUUUACCAAAUAAGUAAACGGAAAUGAAUAAAAUUGUUUCAAGCAAUGAAGAAAAAAAAUCAUCUUAUUUGAUAUCUUUUUGAGCCCUACAGAUCAUAGACCCUGAUCAUUAUAUCGUAGAUAGAACCCUAUGCUCUUAAUAAAACAGAUACCAAUGUGAAGAGAGUGUUACUCAAGGCAUUUUGAUAUAUUUGAAGCAAUCAGUUUUCAUUGCACACAUGUAUAAAGGGAGAGAGAGAGCUUUAGGUAAGUUUUGUUACAAUCACUUGUAUGUGUACAGUACUGUGUACAUAAAGAAAUAAUGACAUAUUUCAGUAGCUAUACAGAGAAAUAUUGUUGGAUAUUGUUGUUAAUGGACUAUUUUUCAUUAAUAAAAGUAAAUGGCUUAUUGCAUUCAUGUUUAGUUGUAUUCGAUGAGUUUGAAUUCACUUGACUCACUAAUGCAGAAUAUUAAGGAUAUCAUGCUGAUUGUUUUCUUUUAAUUAUUAUGCCUUCUUUUCUAGUAUUUUGAGUGAGUACAUUAUUUAUUUUAAACAGUUGAUCUUUGUUUUUUCAUAUUAUUUGAUUGAUGAGAAUUGGAAUGACAAUAUCCUGAGAAUUCAUAGGACAUUUUCAAUAGUAUCCUCUAUGUCAAAUAUAAAAUGUGUUGUGCUCACAUAUAUUAUGCAGAAUGAAUUGCCAGUUUGAAUAUAUUUCUGUUGUCACUCGAGUACACUUUAUUACACAUACAUGUGUAGCAUUGCAUAUCAGGCAUCAGUGAUAACAUUACUUUGUUCCAUUAAUAAUUGAAUCAUUAUCUGUUUUAUAGCAGUAUACAGUUGAAUAUUAUGUAUCCUAUUGUUAAGCAAUGUUUGAUAAAUCUUUAAUUUACUAUCUAGAAAUACACUAAUGUAUUGAUAAUUGUACAAUACAAACACACGGCAUAAUAGCACCUAGCUGCAUAUGCUCCAAUUCCCUCCUCCCUCAAAUUAUUGAAAGUGAUUUCUAGUUGAUAAACUUUUGAUUGCUGUCGUUGAUAAAUUAGAUCAGACGUUAAUGAUUAAAAACAUAUUUUAAGUACAGUUCAACGUAUGACUCAUCAUUAUUUUACAGUUUUUGUUUUGUUUACAAACCUCAAAUACUUAAAGCUAAUUUUUGAAAUGUUCAUCUGCAGGUGUAAGCAAAUAAUUCUCAUAUAUGCUCAUUUUCUGUAGGAAUGUGUUGAAUUGUCGAUCUGGAGUUCGACAAUAUUAAAAUAUGUAGUGCUGGAACAACCA